UAGGUAAUGCGGGGUCAGGGAGAGCGGAUAUAGUGAAUGCGGGGUCCGGGGAGAGCGGAUAUAGUGAAUGCGGGGUCCGGGGAGAGCAGAUAUAGUGAAUGCAGGGUCCGGGGAGAGCGGAUAUAGUGAAUGCAGGGUCCGGGGGGAGAGCGGAUAUAGUGAAUGCGGGGUCCUGGGAGAGCGGAUAUAGUGAAUGCGGGGGUCCGGGAGGGGAGAGCGGAUAUAGUGAAUGCGGGGUCCGGGGAGAGCGGGUGAAUGCGGGGUCCGGGGAGAGCGGAUAUAGUGAAUGCAGGGUCCGGGGAGAG